CACGGCGGCGGGGCUAUGGCGGGCGGGCCGCCCGUGCUGCUGGGGCUGCGCGACGCCGCCAUGGCGGGGCCGGGCCCGGCCGGGCCGCUCCCGGCGUGGGCCACCAACAAACUGGGCGGCACCGCGGACUGGGUGCCGGCCUUGCGGGCGGGUCCGCCGCGGUGCGCGCGGUGCGGGCGCGCGCUGCUGCUGCUGGUGCAGGUGUACUGCCCGCUGGAGCGCGGCCCCGCGCACCGCGCGCUCCACGUGUUCGCCUGCGCCGCGCCGCGCUGCUGGGGAACCGCCCGCAGCUGGAAGGUGCUGCGCUCCCAGUACUCGCAGGCCCAGGAUAAGCAGAGCCGAGCUCUCCGCGUCACACAGCAACAAGAAUUGAAUUUUGCUGCAAAGGAUUGGUGUGAAGAUGCAGAUGACUGGGGAGCCUGUGAUGGAGCAGAGGCUCCUGCAUGUGCCUCCCUGGAGCUGCUUGGCCUAAAGGAAGCUGUGAGCAGCGAGGCGGAGUGUGCAUCCCAGCUCCAGCAGCUCCACCUGUCUGAGCCUGCCAGUGGCCCAGGUGCCCAGGACACACAUCCUGCAGCCGGUGAGGACAUGGAUGGCCCAGGUGCCCAGGACACACAUCCUGCAGCCAGUGAGGACAUGGUGAUGGCAAUGGCUGGUUCAGCUCCUGUGUUCCAGCCCUUCUACAUUAAUGUUGUGGAUGAGGAAGAUUACAUGGGUUUCCUUGAUAUGGAUCAUGCAGAUAAGCUACUGAAGGAGUAUCAGCAGAGAGAGUGUCUUGGUUUGGAACAGAUGAUGUCAGAAAGUUUUGCAGGUGAAGAUGGUAAUGAAAAAUAUGAGAAGAGUGAAGUCAAAAACUGGGACCACACAUUCCAUAAAUUCAUGAAAAGAAUAUCUGUAUGUCCUGAACAAAUUUUAAGAUACUCUUGGGGUGGCCAGCCUUUAUUCAUCACGUGUCCUCCAGCCAACCUGGACCAGGGUAUUCCAGCCUGCAGUACCUGUGGCAGCAGCAGAGUGUUUGAGUUCCAGCUGAUGCCCACGCUGGUCAGCAUGCUCCAGAGUGACUCAGAUCUCUCAGUGGAAUUUGGAACUGUUAUAGUUUACACAUGUGAGAGAAGCUGUUGGCCGACAAAUCAUCAAACCCCUCUUGAAGAAUUUAUUUUUGUACAAGAAGACCCGGAUCAGAGAUUAUUUAAAUAAAUUGUAUUUCCCUGCAUAGAUCCAAAAGUCUGUUGGGGUGUUUUGGUUUCUUUUACUACAAGUGUGUAAUUGUAUAACAGAAUUUUCCUCAGAUGUGGUGAAAAAUUAAAUUUGUUUGACAG